AAAGAGUGGCCACCAAAUCUGCCCUACUGAUACCUGAAAGUAUUUUUUGUGAAAAAAAUGGAAUGCGGAAAAAUAAUGAAAAAGAGUAAAGACAACUAAUAAAGGUUUGUAAAAUAACGUCAAAGAACUAUAUUAUGGGAAACAUCUUCCUAAAAUAUAUACUUUUGGAUUAGGAUGAUCCAUUUACAUUUUAAAACAAAAAUCUUGUUAAUUAAGUUUAUAUACUUAUGUCUUAUAAACAUAUUUAGUUAUAAUAUAAUAUUUUGUUUUGUAGGCCAUGGUAUUUUACAGCGAAGGUAUGCGGUUACCCUAUUGGGUUUCCUUUGUUCUCUGGUCACACAUUCCCAACGAUUAAAUAUUAGUAUUGCCAUGGUUGCCAUGGUGAAUUCCACCAAUAUACAAUCAAUCGCCAUUAAUAAAAAUACUACUGAAUGCCCAUAUACAGCUGCAGAAAAAGGAUAUGCUAAAGUUCAUCAUUCAGAAUUUUCAUGGGAUCCAGAACUACAAGGCUACAUUUUGAGUGCUGGAUAUUUAGGUUAUGUUUUCAGUCAAAUACCUGGUGGAAUUCUUGCCGGUAGAUAUGGCACAAAACCGCUUAUUGUGGCAAGCGUUUUGUUUGCUUCUAUCUGCAAUUUGCUGUCACCAAUUGCAGCAAGACAACAUCCUUACCUCCUUGUAGCGGUGCAACUAAUUCGAGGAAUGAGCCAGGGUUUACUGCCAUCAGCUUUAUCUCUUUUGAUGGCUCGAUGGUUCCCAAAAUGUGAGAGAGGUUUCCUCUCAGCUUUUAUUUAUUGUGGUUUUCCCGUUGGAGCUUUCAUUGGUAGUUUGGUGUCAGGCCCAGUUUGUGAAGUCAGCCUUGACAACGGAUGGCCUUUUGUAUUUUACAUUUUUG